AUGGUCCUUGCAGAGCCAUGGAAAACUGGUCGGACAACCAUCCAGCGCACCGACCAAAAGUUGUCCGGAACGACCCGUGGUACUGCCAAGGAGAUUCUCGUCCAAUUCAUCCUCACUCAACUCCGAUCUCAUCCUACUCGAGUGACGGAGGCUGGGGUCCACAAGCCGAUGAUCAUCGGCUUACAAGGACCUCAAGGAAUCGGGAAGACGUGGCUUUCAAGAGAAGUCAAAGAAGAAUUGAACAAAGUUCAUCACAUCAACACCAUUGCUCUCUCGCUCGAUGACUUGUAUCUCCCCCGCCGGGCACAAGAGAAGCUAGAAGAAGAGGACGCUGGGGGUCGGAACAGACUGCUCCAAGGACGCGGCUUACCAGGGACACACGAUCUCGACCUGGCCGUCCGAGUCUUCGACUCGCUUUCCAAAAUCAACGAGACCAAGGAGAUCUUCUUGCCGGUCUACGACAAAUCGGCACUCCAUGGUCUAGGCGAUCGGAUCGGAUUCAACACCUUAUCGGUCCCGUCCGACCAUGUCCUCCAACUGGUCAUCUUCGAGGGCUGGAUGCUCGGCUUUGUUCCUCUCGAUCCGCUCCAGCUGAGGCGCACCUACGAUCAUUUGCUCCAACUCAAUCCGACUCCUUCUUCCAACACCUUCAUCACCAAGUUUUCCAUCGACGAGUUGUUGAAAAUCAAUCUCAACUUAUCUGCGUAUGUUCAACUACUCUGGCCUCGGAUCGAUGUUCUCAUCAACUUGGUUCCUCAGGAUCUGAAUUUCAUUUGGCGGUGGAGAAUCCAACAAGAGAAUGAAAUGAAGGCUAAGAACGGUGGGAUCGGUAUGUCAGAGGAAGAAGUUAAAAAUUUCAUUUUCAGAUAUAUGCCAUGCUAUGAGUUAUAUGGGCAGUCUGUAGAUGAUCCUGAUGGCAAAGGAAUGAUCCCAGCAUCUUUGAAGGUAGUGAUGGACGAAGAAAGAAAAGUAGUAGACGUGUUGUAUCCCAAAGAGAGCACUGCAGAUACCGAAAUCCAGUAA